UUCCCAAAUUCUUGAACCCUAAUCGUGCAAAUCGGUGAGUGUUCGCUUCGGAGGUUCUCAUACGAAGCAAGAUUGCGUGUUCCUUUUGAGUUUUUAUUUCACAAGGAAGACGGAAAGACUGGAGUUCUUUCUGCAGUUUACAUUAGUCACAUUGGAAUCAUCGUGUUGCAUUCAAAUACUUAGCCAUGAAAUUCCUAGAGUUUGCUUCUCUGGAUCGGCUGAACGACUUCUUAAGUCAUUUGGAUAUGGGAGAACGUACCAUCAAAGGAUGUCUUGAAGCUUAUACUUGCAAGCACGCUGGAGCUGACAAAAAACUCUCUCACAGAUUGUCCCUCAGCCUGGACAGCGAGAUUGCUGAUUAUCUUGGGAAAUCAUCAGACACCGAUUCUUCUUCAUCACCUGAUUGCAUAUCUAGCAGAUCCAGCCGAAGGACAUUGGUGUACUUGGUUCUUACCCUCUAUCACAUGUAUCCGGACUAUGAAUUCAGUGCAGUUAAAGCUCAUCAAUACUUCGCAGAGGAAUCGUGGGACAGUUUUAAACAGAUUUUUGAUACCUACAUGCUUGAAGCCUCAAAGGAAUGGCUUGAAACCAAUGGGGGUGUCUCUCUGCUGGACACUCUAUACAAGGCCCUUGAUGAGGUGGUGAAGUUAUCAGACUGCGAAAUAUAUAGUUAUGACCCAGAUUCUGAAGCGGAUCCAUUACUAGAGAGAGGAGCAAUAUGGUCCUUUAAUUUCUUCUUCUAUAAUAGAAAGCUAAAGAGGAUUGUGACUUUCCGUUUUGGAUGUUUUAGUAAUUUGGUUGCUGAUGGGUUCCUUAUGGAUGAGAUACGGGACGAGGAAGAUGGAGAAAUAUUCGCUGACAUGGAUAUAUAAUGAUAUACAGUGGAGCUGUUUGUUACUUAGGUCAUAUGUAUACAAGAUCGUCAACUCUUGUGUAAUAUAGUAUAUAGAUGUUUUGUCAGAGACCAGUUUGGUCUUAUAGCAUCCGUAUCCUCCUGUAUGCAUGUAGGUUUAGCUUCUGUAUCUUCUUCCUCUGUGCUGCUAGCAACUACUCUCGUAGUUUGUAAUCAUGCGGCGUAAAAUUGUAGGUCAAUAAGAUGACGAGUCUUGGUAUAUAUGUAGUGUAAUUUUAGCUUCUGGAACAUAAAUGGCAAGGACUUGCUUGUUUGGCACAAUUGGUGUUACAUUUGGGAAGGGAUUGUGAUCAAUCUUAUUGACACAAGCUCGUCUGACAUUUACAUGUUUGUGAUAAACCUCUUCUUCCUUUUA